CGCGCGCUUGAAGCUAAGCGGUCGCUAUGGAGCUGGUAGGCGAGUACGUCGGCCCGGACGGGCAGCGGCGGCAGCUGCGAGUGCCCUGUGAAGCGUCUGGUGACGCCGACCCUCUCCAGAAGCUGUUGUCGGGUGUGGCCCAGAUGAAGGAGCUGGUAAACCAGUUCUUCGAACCCUUGGUACAGCAGGAAGCGAAGGACCGGGCGACUGCGGAUCCUGACGAGACGCCGGAGGGUAAUGAUGAAGAUGAUGCAGAAGAUGAAAAUAACAUUGAUAAAAGAACUAAUUCAGAUGGACCAUCUGCAAAACGGCCAAAAACACCAUCUUAGAUUAGUCUUUGUGAAAUUUAAAAGACUGCUGCUUUGUCCUAAUUAUCACGCGUUGAUAUUGAAGAUUUGGGCUCUAAUUUGGGAAAGCAUUUAUUUUGUUUGUCUGGGACAAGUUUGUCAGAAAGUUUUCUUCUGUUUCAAGCAGAGAGAGAUACAAUAAAUAUUUAGGAAUAAAGUCUGUUUUCUUGAGUAAGAAAUCACAAGACAUAGAAAUGUAUAAAAUAUAUAGUACAUAAAAUCCUCUAAGGCAACUAAAUUUUUAUUACUGUUUUCUAACCACUGAAUUCAAUUGUGUAAACUCUACAUCUUUUAGCUGCUGUUAUAAAAAGUACAUAUUGGGGCCAGGGACAUAGCUCAGUGGCACAGUGCCUGCCUGGCAAGCGUGAGGUUGUGAGUUCGAUUGCCGGUACCCAAAAUAAAAUAAAGUAAAAUAAA